ACAAAAAUGCGUAUUCUAAAGCAUUGGCCCCGGCGUCGUUCCGGUUCCAGUAUUGUCGUCUUGGACAGUGAAGACCUCAAACCCUGUCUGCCCGAUGUGUAUAACAAUUUGCCGCACAUACGACAGCCAAACGAAGAUACCCAGGAAAUUGAUCAGGAAAUGUAUACAACCAUGUUGAAGUCCAUCAAUCAGGAUAAUGGACCUCAUCGCGAGAUGGCUGUAGAUUGUCCAGAUAAUUUUAUAGCACGCAAUAAGACACCACCACGUUAUCCGCCACCCCGUCCACCACAGUUAAACGGCAGCAUCAAGCCCGUACACCCACCACGUGACGCGGUGCCGCCACCGCCAAAAGAUGGUGGCCGCAUGCGCAGCUCACCGCUGCCACCACAGCUACCCGAUCGCAGAGGUAUGCCCGGCAGUCAACAGCAGCCACAACAACAAAUUGCCCAGAUCGUUGAGCCGACAAUGGAACAGUUGGAUAGUAUUAAAAAAUAUCAGGAACAACUGAGACGCCGACGCGAGGAAGAGGAACGUAUUGCCCAGCAAAAUGAAUUUUUGCGUGCCAGUUUACGUGGCUCCCGGAAACUUAAAGCUUUGCAGGACAAUAAACCCUCAGCCCAGCAGCAACAGCCGGUGGCUGCCGAGCGUUCGGUGAUUGGUGUGGAAAAUGAGGCCUAUGUGGAGGAUGAGGAAGCGGAAAAAGUUAAUGGUUAUGGUGAUUUAAUUGCCGCCUUGAUACGCCUCCAAAACCAGCUGAGUAAAAAUGGCAUGAACACACUUGCCGGCCGAGUGUCCGCUGCCCACAAUAUCCUCUCAAAUCCGGGUGUGGCCCAUGCCUUGGCCGCUAGGGCCGCGGUAUUGCAGCGUCGCCGCUCCAAAGCCACCACACCCGUCUGUACAAAUGCCCUGGAAUUGCAAAAGGAUAUUGUUGAGCUGCUGACCAAGUCCAAUUCUGCAGCGGCAAUUGAAUUGGGUAACCUGCUGACCAGUCAUGAAAUGGAAGGUCUGCUAUUGGCCCAUGAUCGUGUUGCCACCCACACGGAUGGCACCCCCUCACCUUCGCUCAGUGGUAUUGGCAGUCCUCAGCCAUUGUCGCCCACAAAUGCAGCGGCAGCAGCAUCAGCAGUAGCACCUCCAGUCCCACCCGUUGUACCACCACCACCAUUGGCCCAGCGAAGUGCAAUGCCUUUACCACCCAAUGUUCCAGCCCAUCCGUCUACAGUUGGCGGCCCAACGGCCGGCUAUGCCCACAUGAAACCAACCGUUGCUGGUCAUCGCCCCGAAUCACCACCCAUGAGCAGUGCCUGUUUCGGCAUGCUGAACGAUCAAAAUGACAAUAUACGUAUUAUAAAAAUUGAAAAAUCGACUGAACCGUUGGGCGCCACAGUGCGCAAUGAAGGCGAAGCCGUGGUCAUUGGACGCAUUGUACGAGGCGGAGCAGCCGAGAAGUCAGGUCUACUGCAUGAAGGCGACGAAAUUUUGGAAGUCAAUGGCCAGGAACUGAGAGGCAAGACGGUCAACGAUGUCUGUGCCAUGUUGAGCACAAUGCAGGGUACAUUGACAUUUUUAAUAGUACCCGCUGGUAGCCCACCACCCGGUGGCGGCCAUCAUCGUGAAAAUGCUGUACUCCAUGUUAGGGCUCAUUUUGAUUAUGACCCUGAAGAUGAUUUGUAUAUACCAUGCCGGGAAUUGGGUAUUAGCUUUCAAAAGGGUGACGUAUUGCAUGUGAUCUCCCGCGAAGAUCCGAAUUGGUGGCAGGCAUAUCGUGAAGGUGAAGAAGAUCAAACAUUGGCCGGUUUAAUACCUAGUCAGUCAUUCCAACAUCAAAGAGAAACCAUGAAAUUGGCCAUUGCCGAAGAGGCGGGAUUGCAGGGACGCAAUCGUGGCGGUAAGGAUGGUGCGGCCAAGGGAUCGACGCUGCUGUGUGCCCGCAAGGGACGCAAGAAGAAGAAGAAAGCCAGCUCAGAAGCGGGUUAUCCCCUGUACGCCACCACCGCCCCCGAUGAAACCGAACCCGAGGAAAUACUCACCUAUGAAGAGGUUGCCCUGUAUUAUCCCCGAGCCACACACAAACGACCGAUUGUCUUGAUUGGACCGCCAAAUAUCGGACGCCAUGAAUUGCGUCAACGUUUAAUGGCCGAUUCGGAUCGUUUCUCAGCAGCAGUGCCACAUACCUCCCGUGCCCGUCGCGAUAACGAAGUUCCCGGCGUCGAUUAUCAUUUUAUUUCACGUCAAGCCUUCGAAGCGGAUAUAUUGGCUCGGCGUUUUGUUGAGCAUGGCGAAUAUGAGAAAGCUUACUAUGGCACUUCCCUCGAAGCCAUACGUACAGUUGUGGCCAGUGGCAAAAUCUGUGUUCUCAAUCUACAUCCACAAAGUUUAAAACUUCUAAGGGCAUCCGAUUUGAAACCAUAUGUGGUGCUGGUGGCGCCACCUAGUCUAGAUAAAUUGCGGCAGAAAAAAAUCCGGAAUGGUGAACCGUUUAAGGAGGAAGAACUCAAAGAUAUUAUUGCCACCGCCCGUGACAUGGAGGCCCGCUGGGGCCAUCUAUUCGAUAUGAUUAUUAUCAACAAUGAUACGGAACGGGCCUAUCAACAGCUGUUGGGCGAAAUUAAUUCGCUGGAACGGGAACCACAAUGGGUGCCGGCCAGUUGGGUGCAUAACAAUCGAGACGAGUCAUAAUUAUUAUU